ACCGAACCAAAGUUGAUCAUCGUGUUCAACUGAAAACAUGUUAUUGAGUUUUAACACAGUUUUAUCUCAUAUUAAAUGUCAAGUGAUUCGUACGAGUGGGAAAAACACAACAACAAACUCUCUACCGUCUUGAUCUAGUGCUAAUUUAGUUGUUUUUUAUAGUAAAUUUAAGAAUAAGUUUAUUUAAUUUCUCAACAUGCCGAAAGGAAAACGAAAAGGAAAGUCUGAUCAUCGUAACAAAUUCGACGGUUCGUCCGACGAAGACUCCAACAAUGUGAACGAUGCAGCUAGUGUCAUUACAACGUUAUCCAAUGUCUCCGAAAACAGCGAUUUCGCAGAUGAAUGCGCAUUGGAGAGGCUCGAAGACAAACUGUGCAAAAUUAUCGAUGGGCUCACAGAUAAGUCAUCAAAAACUAGGGUGGAAAGUUUUACAGCCCUGUCAAAGGCUUUAGUCAAAAAGUUCGUCCCCACAUUUGUAAAGGAUCGCCUCUUUACCUUGUCCGACGCCAUUGAGCGCAGCCUGAAGAGAGGCGGCGGUCUAGAAAAGGCGGCCGCCGCAGAACUCACAACGCAGCUCUGCAUACAACUGGGACUGUAUGAUGACUGCCAAGACAUCAGUCGCAAUUUCACUCCCAUACUCCUGACCAUUGCCAACGAUAAAUCGGUCGACCCGAACGUCCGUGCAAAGGUUUGUCGCACUCUGGGCAACGUGGCAUUUCUCGCAGGCGGCGAAAUGGCCGACGUGCUCCUGCUGAUGCAGCAAUUCGAGACCAUCUUCGGCGGCAGCUAUCUCAAGGGAGACGGCACCGUUCCCAACUUGGGCGCCGAGGUGGCCAACAUGCAUGCCGCAGCCCUCAGCUCCUGGACCCUGUUGCUGACCCUCCUCGCACCCUCCAGCCUGUCUCACAUGAUGAACGAGUCUAAGAGACUGGCCGGUCCCGAUCAGAUAGCCGAUUUACUUGAGUCGGGCCACUUGGAGGUGAGGAUGGCGGCCGGUGAAGCGCUCGCCGUUAUUUUCGAAAUGGGCAGGAGCGACGACGAAGACUUCAAAGAGGAUUUCGCUAGGGAAAUUGCGGAUACGCUUAAACAACUGGCCACUGAUUCCAAUAAGUACAGGGCUAAAAAGGACAGGAAACAGCAAAGAGCCAGUUUCAGGGACAUUUUGCAAUUUAUAGAAGACAAUGUAGUCUCAAAUGUAACAAUCAAAUUUGGCCAUGAAGAGCUCACUGUGGAUUCGUGGGCAAAACGAAAGCACUACGAUGAAUUGUGCAGAAUCCUCGGGCCUGGUAUCAAUGUGCAUUUGACCGAGAACGAUCUGCUCAGAGACAUUAUGGAAAUCGUUGGAAUGCCACCGGAUGAGGAGAGUCUCGCCCAUUUGUUGGGCCAGGAGGAAAGAAAACGAAAGAAAAUACAAAACGCAGCCAACUUUAAAGCUAGGACCAUUUUGCGUGGCAAGAACAGGGAUAAACGAUCAGACUUUUAAACAAGUUAUUUUAUAUUCUGGGACUACUUUUUCAAUAAACAUCUAUUUAUUAUUUACAUUAGCGCAAUUAUUUAUACUAUUUUAUGUUUGUUAAACAUAUAAGGUAAAAUUAGUUCCAUAUUUGUUACUUUCAAUAAUACGUAAAUAAAAGUUUUAAUUAAUUUACGAA